CGUCCUGCUGCUGCCUCUCAAGCGAAUGGGAUUCCACGUAGGCACAAAGAGAAAAAACAAAACUUAAGCAACUUUGCUAAAAAGUUUAUUAUUCUUUUUUCUUGUUGUUUUCCUAUUUUCCCAGUAGGCAGGUGACUUUAUAGUUAACGGUGAUACGUUUAGAGGUUUGGGGAGCUAAGGGAUGGACCCUGCGUUUUCUAAACGGAACACGGCGCUGAGAUUAGUAGACCUGGCAGGUCACCACCAUCACCAUUAUCACCAUUCCCCAUCAAGCAUGACAGGCUUCCCAGGGUUCGGCGGUCAACCCCACUCAAUGGCUCAUACACACCCCGGGGAUCUGACUGCAGACUCUCGCCUAGGGGCAAGCUCAUUUGGGCAAGAACAUAUGGGGCAUCCCACGGCCCUUAAACUCAGCCCUGCCCAUCAUCCCCACCACCACCACCAUUAUAUGGCAGGCCACUCUGAGGUUGUCGCCAGUCAAGCAGGCGCUUUUUGCUCGGCUCAAACAGCAGCAGUCCCAUAUCCUGUUUCUCAGACAGCUCAGACUCUCUCUGCAGGUAGGGACUUUUUAAUUCGCAGAGAUUUAACAGCUCCAGUCAUGCCAGGGCUUAUUGAACAGUAUACAGCUACAAGUUCUCAACACGGAAUGUUUGUCUCAACAGCAGGCAGCUUCCCUGGACAUCAUGCUCACCACUCAGAAGCUGGAAGUCAUCCCCUGUUUUCUGGAAUCCAAGAUCAGUCUGUCCAUGCAGUUCCAGGUGGCCACCCUCUGAACGGACAAAUACGAUACGGACUCCCAGGAGAAAUGUACCCAAGGUCUGAACAUUUCACUCAGAUAACAAGUUCAAGGUCUGAUCCUUUUACUACAUCUCCUUUUCAUAGCUACGGCGGUAUGAAUCUGAACAUAAAUAUCGCUGCUCACCAGGGCCCGGCUGCAUUUUUUCGUUAUAUGAGACAACCGAUUAAACAAGAACUUAUCUGCAAGUGGAUAGAGACCAACCAGACAGCUCAAAAACAUUGUUCCAAAACAUUUAGCACAAUGCACGAGCUAGUAACUCAUGUCACAGUGGAGCAUGUUGGGGGACCCGAACAAUCCAACCAUGCCUGUUUCUGGGAAGAGUGUCCAAGAGACGGCAAGCCAUUCAAAGCUAAAUACAAACUUGUAAAUCAUAUCCGAGUUCACACAGGGGAAAAGCCAUUCCCCUGCCCGUUUCCUGGUUGUGGUAAAGUUUUUGCCAGAUCAGAAAAUCUCAAGAUCCACAAAAGAACUCACACAGGAGAAAAACCUUUCAAGUGUGAAUUUGAAGGAUGUGACAGACGCUUUGCUAACAGCAGUGACAGAAAGAAGCAUUCGCACGUGCACACUAGUGACAAGCCCUACAACUGCAAAGUGCGAGGCUGCGACAAGUCAUACACCCAUCCGAGCUCCUUAAGAAAGCACAUGAAGGUGCACUGCAAGUCUCCCCCUCCAAGCUCAGGCUACGAGUCCUCAACACCUUCUCUCGUCUCCCCGUCCUCCGAAACUGGCCGGGACCCGUCUGCCCCUACAGCGUCUCAUGCUGAACUCUCCUCAACACGGGGAGCGAAUCUGAGUGAAUGGUAUGUGUGCCAGAGCUCUGCAACUAGGGGCAUGUCAACUAUGCCAACUCCUCCCAGCAACUCUUCAUCCCCGGACCCAGGACACUCGUCUGCUGUUUCCCAAAACGUGCACUCAGUUAACAGAGCUUGCACAACAUUUAAACACACCGCCUACUGAAGGCUUCUGAUUGGGAAAAAAGUUUAGCUGUCAGCGGUAUCUUCAGGUUAACAGUAAGGAGGCUGUGUAACUCACACUACCUGUGAAAACAUAAAGAGAAAUAAUGAAUGUAUGUUAUGUACGUGCUACUGAUAUUCUUUCUACCACUUCAAAUUGUACAUUUCCUGUUAUUUAUAGCAGUAAACGAGUAACUGAUUCAGCAUUCUUGUUGAUUGAGUUUACCACAUGAAAUUGUCAAAUAAACAUGCCACGUUCCUUCUGGCCUGUAAAGUAAUUUUCUUUAAAAAGAAAAUCGCAGAUUUUUUUGUAUCACUGAACCAAAGCGUUUUAAUACGACUUUCUAAUAAUGUACAGUUUUGUUGGUUGUUACUAUAGCGUCAAGUGGCAGUAUUUCAUGGAAUGGACCUUUUGUUACUUGCACCUAUGUUUUAAUGUUUUGAGAAAAUAACUUUAUAAAAUUAUUUUUAUUUUAAUUUUUGUACCAACUGACUUAAUAAAUGUGUGUAAUACGUUUCAAAGGCUUAACAAAACCAGUGAAACUUUUUUACACAGACAAACUUAGAGUUGUAUAUAUUUUCUCAGCUACCACUAAACUUGCUCUUGAAACACACUCUGUGAUUCCAUCUGUUAAAUGUGAUUAGUGUUUGAACGUGAAUAUGUCUUGUUUUUCUUAUUCUUAUGAAAAAGGCAGAGUAAAGGAACCAGAUGAAAGCUUUGGAAACAUUAUUAUAAUGAACGUUCUGCUUCAGUUGCUUUGAAUCGUGUUCAGGCAGUGCACAAAGUUGGCUUGUUUUCAGAAAAAAAAGUGUAAACAGACGUAGCAAUGUUUGUCCUAAGGAACAAAUAAUGUAAUGGAAAAAACUUACAAUAAAAUGGUCAUAUUGUA